GUGGCUUGUUUGCUGCUAGGCAUGAUGUCAUGUCUCCACGCCCCCUUCUACGGGGAGCUCCGGCUGGGGUGACAUGGAGGAGAGCCGCGGGGGAGAGAGGACCGGCCGAGGGGAACCGUGAGAGCGGUGUGUGGAGUCCCUAUGCCGUCUGUGUCUCCUGUCGCCCACACACUGCCGUCGCUGCGAUCCUGAUCACAACAUGGAGGCCAACCUGCAGAAGAGGAAGGAGAGCCGCAAGGCGCUGCGGAUUAAAGUCAUCAGCAUGGGCAAUGCUGAAGUAGGCAAGAGCUGCAUCAUAAAGCGUUAUUGUGAAAAAAGAUUUGUCCCCAAGUACCAGGCCACCAUCGGAAUCGAUUACGGUGUCACAAAAGUACAAAUCCGAGAUCGAGAAAUUAAGGUCAAUAUAUUCGAUAUGGCAGGACACCCCUUCUUCUAUGAGGUACGGAAUGAAUUCUAUAAGGACACGCAGGGGGUGAUACUGGUGUAUGACGUGGGCCUGAAAGAGUCCUUCGAUAGCCUUGACGCCUGGCUAGCAGAGAUGAAGCAGGAGCUGGGCCCUCAGGGGAACAUUGAGAAUGUCGUCUUUGCCGUCUGUGCAAACAAGAUUGACUGCGCAAAGCAUCGCUGCGUGGACGAAAGUGAGGGCCGGCUGUGGGCGGAGAGCCGCGGCUUCCUGUACUACGAGACCUCAGCACAGAGCGGCGAGGGGAUUAAUGAGAUGUUCCAGGCCUUCUACUCUGCCAUCGUGGAUUUAUGUGACAAUGGAGGAAAGAGACCCAUGUCGUCCAUUAACAUUGGAUUUACUAAAGAGCAGGCGGAUUCUAUACGCCGUAUCCGAAACAGCAAAGACAGCUGGGACAUGCUGGGGGUGAAGCCGGGUGCCACAAGGGAUGAAGUGAAUAAAGCGUAUCGCAAGCUGGCUGUGCUCCUUCACCCGGACAAGUGCGUGGCACCAGGAAGCGAAGACGCCUUUAAGGCCCUUGUGAACGCUCGCACGGCUCUUCUGAAGAACAUAAAGUAAAGCCAAGUUCCCUUUUCUGCCUCCCAGAGGCACCGAUGUCAAAGAACAUGAGGAUCACCCCCACUAGAUGAUUGUACCCCAGGGGGCACCCUCACCUUGUGAACUAUAAACACUGGCUGGUUUUCUUACACUUUUUAUGGCAUGCAGACACGAUCUAGACUUCCCUCCAUUAACACUCGCCAAGUGUGUGGAUUAUGCACAUGUGGGGGUCUGCCUCCCUUCAUUUCAUUUAAUGUGGUUGAAGCACAAGCAUUAGGUCUCUUUUUUUUAUGUUCUUUA